AUGGGCUGCAUGACCUCUUUCACCCCUCAGUGGUCAUUGCCAGAACCAGCAACCUGGGGGAAAGAUGAGGUCUGUGAGUUAAUGGACCCUUUCUCGGUUACGAAUGAUGAUGACAAAAACACCAAAUUGACAAGGCCAAAUUCUCUCAUGCGGACUGAAAAAGGAAAGAGGCUAGCUGUUUUAGCAGACUGCAUUGGUUCCAUGACAGUGCCUGUGUACAUCGCAGAGGUUUCUCCACCCAACCUGAGAGGUCGACUGGUCACCAUCAAUACCCUCUUCAUCACAGGGGGACAGUUUUUUGCAAGUGUCAUUGAUGGAGCCUUCAGUUAUCUGAAGAAAGAUGGAUGGAGGUACAUGCUGGGACUUGCUACAAUUCCGGCCGUUAUACAGUUUCUUGGAUUUCUUUUUUUGCCUGAAAGCCCCCGGUGGCUUAUUCAGAAAGGACAGACUCAGAAGGCUCGCAGAAUUUUGUCUCAGAUGCGUGGAAAUCAGUCUAUUGAUGAGGAAUAUGACAGCAUCAGAAACAGCAUUGAGGAGGAGGAAAAGGAAGUCACCGCAGCGGCUGGACCUGUAAUCUGCAGAAUGCUGAGUUAUCCCCCUACUCGCCGAGCAUUAGUUGUGGGAUGUGGUUUGCAGAUGUUCCAGCAGCUUUCGGGCAUCAACACCAUCAUGUACUACAGUGCAACCAUCCUGCAGAUGUCGGGCGUGGAAGAUGACAAACUUGCAAUAUGGCUGGCUUCAGUGACAGCUUUCACCAACUUCAUUUUCACACUAGUGGGAGUCUGGCUCGUUGAGAAAGUGGGUCGCAGGAAGCUUACCUUUGGUAGCUUGGCAGGCACCACAGUAGCGCUUAUUAUUCUUUCCUUGGGAUUUCUGAUGUCAGCCCAGGCUUCCCCACGGGUCACUUUCAUACCAGUGCCUCCUUCGGGUCAAAAUGCCACCUGCACAGGACACAGUUACUGUAAUGAGUGCAUACUGGAUCCAGACUGCGGUUUCUGCUAUAAGAUGAACAGUUCAGCUGUCAUUGAUUCCUCCUGUGUUCCAGUUAAUAAAGAAUCUACAAAUGAGGCAGCCUGGGGCAGGUAUGUCACACACUGUUUACUGUGAGACUAUCAUUCAGUU